AUGUCGACUUCCGCAGCAGCUCCGCCGCGUUUGAACGGCACCAGCAAUGUACCCGCAGAGGUGCUUCGCGAGGCCGACUUUUUGCAGCACUUGUUGAAGAUCCGCGAUGAUGUGUUUGCUAGCAAACACCCUCGUAUCCAUCUACCAGCCAAAGUAAUUGAACAGGUUGCACCACGUCUCCCGCAGACCACACCGCCCAGCAGACCCGCGACCAACGGCACCCCGAACGGUGUCUCCGCCUCACAGCUGUUUCCCCCACGACCGGACAGCUCGCUUCAGGCUCCUUCGACAGCAAACGAGUUUGUGUCCCCCGCUCCACCAACACAGCGACCCUACUCAGCCAUAUCUGCCUCUUCUAGCAUCGACCCGGUCUUGCUUACAAAGUCUGACCACUUGAUCAGGGCAGAAUUGCAGCUUAAACGGCAGCAGAUAGAGCGUCUACUGAAGGAUCAGUUUGACAAGAAGGGCCGUGGCAAUGACGCAGACGAGCGGGAUGCCCAUCUGAACGUCGAGGAGUGUCUGAUUCAGGCUCAACUACGAGUCCCUCCCAUAUCUGGCAUACGAUCAACAACUAACAACAGCGAUGGGGUAGAGUCGUUUGACGAGAACUCCUACUACUCUAGCAAAGCAGACAGCUGGUCGUCAGAGGAGAAUGAUCCCAAACAUCCUGAGCCACUCACAUCGCAGGCAGGACAUAUCACCCAUGUUAGUGCUCAACCUGCAGUGAUAGACCUUGAUGAAGAGGCAUAUGAACCUGCCGAUGAUAUUGAGAUAUACGAACCUGAGCCUGCAACCCUGCUUGAUGAUGCUGAGGAGGAAGAUUACUCACCUCCUCCUGCCGAAAUUGUCGCAAAUGAGCCUAGCAGAGGCCGUGGUAGGAACCAAAACCACAAUGGCGCCAACGGGUAUGAUAAUUUCUUUCUUUCAGUCUCUCUCCUCCUUUUUUCAUCCCUCCGUCCUGUUCCCGGAUACGCCGAGGCCUUCGACUUUCUGUCUGUUGUAGCAAGUCAAGCGCACGGCGCGAUGGUCAUCACAAUCGUCGAGUCACCGUAUUUCCAGGCAACACACACCUUGCUAUGA